GUUGCCCUCAGCGUUUCGCUCAAUGCGCACGCACACGCCAUCAUCACCCCCGCUCUCGGGGUGAGCGGCACGGCCGUCCGCGCGGACGUCCAACGGCCAUCGACCAGCGCACCGUGCGGCGAAGUCGACGUCGCCUCGGCGUUCGCCACUUCCAAUGCGGCCACCCUCGGCGCGGACGGCUCGUUCACGGUCGCCGUCACCGAUUUUGAGGCGGGCGAGGACGGCUCCCGCCAUGUGACCGCCGAGGUCGACCCGACGGGCACGGGCGAGUCCUUCGUCGCUGCGACCGUGACCGAGAACGGCGACAACGUCUCCUCCUCCGCCGGCACCCAGCAGGUCACCGUCAAGCUCCCGGCGGGCACCAUCUGCUCGGGCACUGGCGGGAAGUGCCUCGUCUCGUUCACCACCGGGGCCGGCUUCGGCAACUGCGUCGUGGUCCAGCAGGGCGGCACGGCUGCUUCCACUGGUGUUACCGGUCGCGACGUGGCUUCCGACGCCGCGGCCGCCUCC